CUUUCAUCUUUAUGUUCUAGGUCAGCAAUUUGGUUCCACUGCACUGAGUUUGCCUGCAUUCAAAACUGUUUGCCUACAGUAACUUGCUCUGGUUGGAAGUGAACAUGUCUCAAGUUCAAAUUCAGAAUCCUACUGCCCUUGCAGGGAGCCAAAUAUUGAAUAAGAACCCAUCUCUUUCACAGCCACUGAGUAUUCCUUCUACUACUAGUUCUUUGCCCUCUGAAAAUGCAGGUAGACCUAUCCAAAAUUCUGCUUUACCCUCUGCAUCUGUUACAUCUACCAAUGCAGCUGCAGCUCCUUCUAACAUGGCAAACCCCAAAGAGAAAACCCCAAUGUGUCUUGUGAAUGAGUUAGCCCGUUUCAACAAGAUUCAGCCUGAAUAUAAGCUUCUGAGUGAACAAGGUCCAGCUCAUUCAAAGGUGUUUACAGUGCAGCUGACUCUUGGGGACCAGCACUGGGAAGCUGAAGGAACUAGUAUUAAAAAAGCGCAACAUGCAGCAGCUGCCAAAGCCUUGGAAGGGACAAAAUUCCCUAAACCUACAGCUCGUCCAUCUCGUAGUGAAGGCAAGAAUCCAGACAGUGUAACCCCCACAGUGGAGUUGAAUGCACUUUGCAUGAAGCUGGGAAAGAAACCUAUGUAUAAACCUAUUGAUCCUUACACGGGGAUGAGAUCCACUUACAACUAUACGAUGAGAGGUGGUACUUAUCCUCCACGGUACUUUUACCCAUUUCCUGUUGGGCCUUUACUUUAUCAAGUUGAGCUUUCAAUUGGAGGGCAACAGUUUCAUGGGAAAGGAAGAACAAGACAAGCUGCUAAGCAUGAUGCAGCUGCUAAAGCACUAAAGGUUCUGCAGAAUGAGCCCUUGCCUGAGAAACCAGAGGUUAACGGAAAAGAACCAGAUGAUGAAAAUCUCAAUAAAUCUGAAAUAAGCCAAGUUUUUGAGAUUGCACUUAAAAGGAACUUGCCUGUGAAUUUUGAGUUUUUCCCUCUGAAACAGGUGACCAAGGAAAGUGGUCCUCCCCAUAUGAAGAGCUUUGUAACCAAGGUGACAGUUGGAGAAUUCUUGGGUGAAGGUGAAGGAAAGAGCAAGAAGAUCUCAAAGAAAAAUGCUGCAAUAGCAGUCCUAGAAGAACUGAAAAAAUUGCCACCCCUUCCUACGGUUGAGAAAAUGAAGCCACGAAUCAAAAAGAAAACAAAAUCAAUAGUGAAGCUGCAAACAAGUCCAGAAUAUGGUCAAGGCAUGAAUCCCAUUAGCAGACUUGCCCAGAUACAGCAGGCCAAGAAAGAGAAGGAACCAGAAUACAUGCUCAUCACAGAACGCGGUCUUCCAAGACGUAGGGAAUUCGUUAUGCAGGUGAAAGUUGGUGUACACACAGCUGAAGGAAUGGGCACAAACAAAAAGGUUGCUAAACGCAAUGCAGCAGAAAAUAUGUUGGAAAUUUUAGGUUUCAAAAUCCCUCAACCUCAGCCUCCAAAACCAGCAUUAAAGACAGAAGAGAAGACACCAGUGAAGAAACCAGGUGAUGGAAGAAAAGUAACUUUCUUUGAGCCGGGCUCUGAAGAGACUUCAACUAGUAAUAAAGAAGAUGAGUUUAGGAUGCCUUAUCUCAGUCAUCAGCAGCUUCCCGCUGGAAUUCUUCCCAUGGUCCCUGAGGUUGCACAAGCUGUAGGAGCCAGUCAAGGACACCACACCAAAGAAUUCAAUAGGGCAGCCCCAAAUCCUGCCAAGGCUACUGUAACAGCAAUGAUUGCUAGAGAGCUAUUGUAUGGUGGUACUUCUCCUACUGCUGAGACCAUAUUGAAAAAUAACAACUCAUCAGGCCAUGUGCCCCACGGACCACUUACCAGGCCCUCUGAACAGCUGGACUAUCUUUCCAAUGUUCAAGGAAUCCAGGUUGAAUAUAAAGACUUUCCAAAAAAUAACAAGAAUGAGUUUGUGUCUCUUAUAAACUGUUCCUCUCAGCCACCACUGAUCAGCCAUGGAAUUGGAAAGGAUGUAGAAUCUUGUCACGAUAUGGCUGCAUUAAACAUUUUGAAGUUGCUGUCUGAGCUGGACCAACAAACUACAGAGAUGCCAAGAACAGGAAAUGGACCAAUGUCUGUAGAAGUUAAAAUACCAAGGGCUGUUACCUUGCUGAGAAGGACAAGAGGAUGUGUGAAACAAGAAAUGGAAAGUGAUCCUCUUCUCAAACCGGCUAACUCAAACACUUUGGGACAAACACUGGACAGCACUGCCUAAAAAGGCAUUUGACUGGACCCAAACAUGAAAGCACCAGAGAAAAUCAAAUGCUUCCUAUUAAUGUAACCUGUUUUAGAGUGCUACAGUCUUUACAACCUACUGUAGUGUCUAAAUCAUAACUGUUGCUUUUUCUUCAAACAGUGAUAAAUUUUUAGUUUCAUUAUGUUGUUUUGAUUGAAAUGACACUAUAAAUUUUUCAUUUAAAAGUUUCUUAAUUGUAUCUAGAACAAUAGCACAGUUUAGAAACUUUGUCUUCUGAGACUGACAUGUUAUCUGUGAACUAACUUGGGAAGAUCAUAUCCAUGUAUGUGGUUAUUUUGUUUUUAUUGAAAUAGCAAGUUUCUCUGCAAAAAAAUUGUGUGUCCACCAUUUUUAAGAAGUCCAGUAAUUAUCCAACGGUUGAAUGAAUUAUAACACUUCAGGAAUUUUAAACUUCGAUCAUUUUUGGUUAAUUUCUAGUUUUGUUCAGUAGGGGUAUGGGAACUUGAAUGCAACGUGACUUUAAGUGAUCUCUGAUCUGUGUUUUAAGGAUUGUGUGUAUAGAUGGCACACAGCUCACUACAUUACAGGAUAUGAUCUCAAUGUAUAAAAACCGCAGAUUGAUUUUCCUUGAGUGCUUUAUACUGUUUAAUUACAUCUCCAUGUAGGGCUGAAAAAAAUUACCUAUGUUUAUAUAUAAACUGUGUUGCUUUUGAUGUUGUGUUAUUGCGCACUGAACUGUGUGCAAUAAAGUAUUUGCAUAUGGUCCAGGUAAAGCACGAUAGCCUUGCAAGUUAAGUACUGCUUCAGUUCAUUGUUUACGCUGGAAUUUUUUCUCCCCAUGGAAUGUAAGUAAAACGUAGUGUUUGUCACCAAUAAAUGGUAAUACUAAA